UGAGUCUCACGCAUAAUGCGUGAGACUUGGUAGCUCUGUCACUCCCCUAAUUGGGGAUAAAUAAAUUAUUCACUUACCUCGAUAUACCUCAAGUGAUGUUCGUGCAGGCUCCACUCCACUUCACUACCGCUACACUACGCUUCACCUACCCGAACAUCAAGGUAGUGAAAUCGCUUGGGUACUCCGAGUAGCAAACAUGGCAAAGGUAGCAUGUUGCUGUGGGAACUCAUCAUGUUCAUCGCCAUGUCUGCCACCUAUCAAAGAAUCUACCAGCACAAGACUGAUGUAUAUAUUGUAUUAUCUCAUUGGAGCUAUUCUUUCAGCAGUCAUGGUUACAGAAACCAUUAGAGAAUCAUUACAUCGGGCUCCAUGGCUGGUAGAUUUCUGUGAGAAUGUUGGCGCUGGGACAAACUGCAGCAGUUUCAUGGGAUAUGUUGCAGUAUACCGUAUAAACUAUUCCCUUGCAGCAUUCUUCCUUGUCUUAGCUGUAUUGACCAUCUGUGUCGGAAGUAGUUCAUCCAUCAGAGGACAAAUACACAAUGGGUUCUGGUUCUUUAAGUUCAUUUUCUUGAUAUUGCUGUGGGUUGGUGCAUUUUUCGUGCCCACACCUCCUGAGGUUCUGACAGCAGGACUGGUGGUGGGCUUCACAGGGGCUUGUCUGUUCAUCAUCAUGCAGCUAUGGCUUCUCAUAGACUUUGCUUCCUCCUGGAACCGCAGUUGGUCAAGGAAGUAUGAAGGGGGAUCGGUGUGUUGGUAUAUAGGAUUGAUAUUCUUCAUCUUGAUCUUCUACGCUGUAUCCAUCCUGAUAACUGUUUUUACCAUUGAGUUGUAUGGCAAGCCAUUCAUCUCAUGUCUCAGGAAUACACUCUAUGUCAGUUUUAGUGCCACAGCCUGUGCCAUCAUUACCAUUCUUACCAUCCUGCCAUGUGUACCACGAAAUCAUCCAAGGGCCAGCUUACUACAAGCGUCCAUAGUCUCAGCUUAUGUCAUGUAUCUAACAUUCUCAGCAAUUGUCAUUGAACCACCAAUGGAAAAUGUAACACAAAUUGGCGUCAAUGAGACAACCAAUACACCGAUCUACAAUACAACGUUGGUCUUAUGCUCUCCAAAUAGCUUUGCAUCGUCUAUCUUUGUUGAUACUUCGUAUGGAGAGCUACUGAGUGGAGCUAUAGCAACUAUUCUUCUCCUCGGCAUGGUGUUGUAUGCCUGCAUAAUGUCUUCAACAUCUACUGCACCUAGUCCUGAGGAAGAAGGCAAUGCCAACAAAAACUUUUGGUGCUGCUGUCAUAAUGAAAUCCAUGAGGAUGAAAUUGAUGGUCACCGUCGCGGAUGGGGUGUAAUUGCUAAUGAAGAGGAGAAAACCAUUUAUAACUACUCAUUCUUCCACAUAACAUUCCUGUUGGCAUCACUCUAUACUAUGAUGACAUUCACUAACUGGUAUAGUCCUGAGAGUGCCACAUUGGAGAACCUUCACCGAACAUGGCCGCCGUUCUGGGUACGUCUUGUUUCGGCCUGGGUGUGUGCCCUCCUGUAUGGCCUCAAGAUCAUCAUCAUCCUGUGUCGGACUGAUCCUGAUCAACGGUCUAAUAGGAGAUCAAGAAGACGAAGGAGAAGAGAUCGUCAGAGGAGUACACCACUGUGAUUUCUUUACAGCCUCUUACCAGAACUUAGGCAAUGACCUCUGUAUGGUACACCACUAGAGAAGCUUGUCACCAGAGUCCCCCCAAAAUAAAUGUUUGUUCUCGAUAAAUGUAGUUGAACUUUCAUAAAUACAUGUAGGAAGUAUUUCAGUAAUGACAGAGAAAACAGAUGUUUUUUGGAUUUUUUAUGAUGAAAGUGUCUUCUUGUCUCAGUAACUUUGAGAGAAACACCAGUAGUUGCAGUAAACACUGAUUUCAUGAGAAAGUCUGUAAAACCAGGCUUAAUUGUCAGUAUAU